UAAAAAUAAUAUCAGCUGGCAUAUCAAAACCAAACACAACUCCAUCGUUAAUUACAAUUUCAAUUAAUAAAUAAAAGGGGAGGAUGAGGAACAACAACUAAUAACAAGCUAAGCUGGGUUUUGACCUUGAUUGAAGAUGGGUUCUCAAGUGUCCAAACAGUUGGAGCGAAGAAAGGCGAUAAAGGCUGAGAAGAAAAUAUUGUCAGAUCUAAAGAGCAGCAGCGAGGAAGAGUACCCAGGGAGUGAGUACCGCCCUAAAGACAGGACGAACUGGAUGUCAGAGCUGAACCCAGAGAAAGUUCGAAUCAACCAGAUCGUGUGGCCUGGAACACACGACUCUGCCACCAACAAGAUUGGCAUCCCACUCGUCACUCGCCCCUUCGCUCAGUGCCAGUCUCUCUCCAUCUACCAGCAGCUCCUCUGCGGCACCAGAGUCCUCGACAUCCGUGUCCAGGAGGACCGCCGCAUAUGCCACGGCAUCCUCCUCACUUACAGCGUCGACGUCGUCAUCGCCAACGUCAAGAAGUUCUUGUCCGAGACUCAGUCGGAGAUCGUCAUCCUCGAGAUUCGAACGGAGUUCGGCCACGAAGACCCCCCGGAUUUCGACAAUUAUCUGGAGGAGCAGCUGGGGGAGUUCUUGAUCCACCAGGAUGACUCAGUAUUCGGGAAGACCAUCGCAGAGUUGUUGCCAAAGAGGAUCAUAUGUGUUUGGAAGCCCAGAAAAUCGCCUCAGCCCAAGCCGGGAAGCCCCUUCUGGAGUGCGGGCUUUCUCAAGGAUGAUUGGAUCAACACGGAUUUGCCGUCCACCAAGUUCGAUGGCAACUUGAAGCAUCUCAGCUUGCAGCCGCCCGUUUCGUCCAGGAAAUUCUUCUACAGGGUGGAGAACACUGCAACCCCCGUCGCAGAUAACCCCAUUUUGUGUGUGAAGCCCGUCACGGGCCGCAUUCAUGGCUAUGCUAGGCUCUUCAUCGCUCAGUGCUUCGCCGAGGGCUUUGCUGACAGACUUCAAGUCUUUUCCACGGAUUUCAUUAAUGACGACUUUGUUGAUGCAUGCGUUGGACUCACUCAUGCAAGGGUUGAAGGCAAAACCUGAGACAAUUCUUAAUUUAUCUUUCUUCAAAAUUAAACUUAUUUAAGUUAGUUAUUCUUGUUCUGCUCUUCUGUGUGUUUUUGUUCUUCUCUUAGUCCCCUCUUGUUAUAUCGGUCAUAUUUCUUAUUUCAUUUAUCUGUAGAUCGUUUAUAGAAUGUUUGCAUGUUGAUGGGCUUGUAAACUUUGAAUAGGCUAUUUGAUUGUAAUGUCAAAAUAAACGAAUUAAAUUAUUGGUUUCUUA